CGCUAAAUCCCAUUCCCCGAUUUUUUGUGAUGCUUGCGUUAGAAACUGCCUGUUCGUGCAAGAGGCACACCGAGCUUACCGAUACAAAGCUCCGCUCACCAUCAGGUACUCGUGACUGAGCUCGAGUUCAGUUGAUCGACGAUCGACAUAAUGCGUUCUCACUUAAAACCCUACGGUUCAAGAGCAGAAAACCACAGAAACCCAACUGCUAAACUCCUACUUGAAACGAUAGAACGCAAACAGUCGAACUUGGCCGUCAGUGUUGACGUUACGAAAAGCUGCGACUUUCUGUCCAUUAUCGAUGCUGUUGGUCCAUUCGUGUGUCUCGUCAAGACCCAUAUCGAUAUUCUGGAAGACUUUACUCAAGAUGUCAUUUUCAAACUGCAAAAGUUGAGCGUAGAACAUGAUUUUGUGAUAUUCGAGGAUCGCAAGUUUGCUGAUAUCGGAAACACCGUCGCCCUACAAUACUCAAGCGGAAUCUAUCGAAUCGCGAGCUGGUCCCAUAUCACUAAUGCUCAUCCCGUCCCUGGUCCUUCCAUUAUUUCAGGCUUGGCUUCGGUCGGGUUACCCUUGGGACGUGGUUUACUUCUCCUAGCAGAAAUGAGCACGGAAGGAGCGCUCACGGAAGGAUCCUAUACAGAAUCUGCUGUUCGUAUGGCUAGACGCCAUCGAGAGUUCGUUAUCGGGUUUAUUGCUCAGAGGAGGAUGGAGAACGUUGGUGGUUCCGCUGAAACGGAGGAAGAUGAUUUUUUGAUUCUAAGCCCGGGGGUUGGACUUGGCGCGAGAGGCGAUGGGAUGGGACAGCAGUAUCGAACGCCUAGAGAAGUGGUGUUAGAAUCAGGGUGUGAUGUGAUUAUAGUUGGUAGGGGGAUUUAUGGAAAGGAUCUGAAGGAUACAGAGAAGAUUCGAACUCAGGCGACAAGGUAUAAGGAGGCUGGGUGGGAAGCUUAUCAGGAGAGAAUAUCGGUAAAGUGAUUUGUUGUAUGAACUAUUGAACUUUUGGUGAUACAGUGUAUGUGUGUAUUGAGCACGUAUGAAGCGGUAUGGAAGUAAAUGGAGAUUGUCCAUGAGUUGAUCUAGAAAUCUUUGAGUAAGAAUGCAUGACCAUGGUCGAACGCAUAAAAGCGAGUAUCCUUCAAGAUUACUCGCGUGUUCUGGUAUCACGAUGAUGGAGGAUGUGGGCUUUACAGCCUAGCGUUGUGCAUGGGUGUGCAAUGGAACGCGUUGGAGUCUUGGAGGGAGUGUGGAUAGGGAGCGCGUUCGCGUCCCAUGUAGGGGUCUAAUGAGCGUUAUCGACUCGGACCGAGGAUGGUCAACGAGCGAGAGCAGCGCUAAGUCAGUGUGCCCAGCUAAAUUUCUCAACUUCUUUUGCCUUUUGCUUAUGCACGACUUCGAGGUGGAACUAGUGCCCAUGGAUCACAAGGCUUUCCAAAACUUCUUCCAUGCAACAGAUAUGAACGACUCCUGUUUUUGGAUGGUGUUGGUGGAAGGACGGAAGAGCUGGAAGAGCUGUUCAUAUGUUUCGUGGGUCUCUCGUGGGUGUUGGUGUUGAGCAGGAACGAAGAGACUGAAAGCACUGUAAGAGUCGUCGUAGAGAGAGAAAGAGGAGGAGCUGGCUGCGUAGGACAUGGCGAAGACUGGGUAACGACUGAGAGCUGUCAAGGUUUAUAU